AAUGACCACAUCUCAGCAGCACUAUUUUUGUUUGGAGUUGCUGAAUUUUCUGCUUUCGUUCUCACCCGGGGCCCGGGACCCACGGCGGUGCCCAGCGAACAGCGGGACGCCGCUGGUCAGGGAGCGGCACUUCUCCUCGCGAUGCCUCUUUAAGGGGCGGGCCGGCACAGCCCGCCUGCAGCGAUCGGUCGGCCCUGCCCGCGAUCCCCGCCCCGCGCCCCGGCGUCCGUUGGUGGCGGGCUGGCGGGCGAUGGUGGCGGGCUGUGCCGCGCGGCUGCUCCCCCUGCCCCGCUUGGGCUGGGCCGCCGGGGUACGGGGGGCGCUGCCCGUGUGGGCGGCAGCGGGGCGCGGCAGGCUACGGGCCGGGCGCUGGGCCGCCGUGGUCUUGGCGGUGCCAGCCGCGGCCGGGCGGCGGGAGGGGCCGGAACGGUGGGGGGCGGCCGUCCGGCCGGUGUGGGCUGGGGAACUCGGCCCGGAGCGGCCGGCACGGGGGCUGCUGAGGCGACUGUGCCUGGUGCUAAGGCUGGGCUUGCGGGCCUGCGUGCUGCUACUGCGCUUCGGGCCCCUGCUGCUGCUGUACCCGCUGAGCCGCCUGCGGCCCGGCCUGGCCGUCCUGUGGCUGCGGCUGCUGCGGAGAGCGGCCGAGGCCGCAGGGCCCACCUGCAUCAAGCUGGGCCAGUGGGCCAGCACCCGCAGGGACCUCUUCUCCGAGGCCUUCUGCGAUGAGUUUUCCAAGCUGCACGUCGAGGUGAGCCCGCACCCCUGGGGUCACACCGAUGAGCUCUUGAGGAAGGCCUUCGGCGAGGACUGGAGGAGCAUCCUUACGUUUCCCAGCCAAGAGCCGGUGGGCUCAGGCUGCGUGGCACAGGUGUAUAAAGCCUAUGCCGAUCUCACGGCUGUCGCGGCACCCCCGGCCGAGGGGCUGGCACGGAGCUCCGAGUUACAGACUGCCUUUGAGGCGUGGGAGGUGUCGGGCCUCAGCGGCCUCUUCAAGUGGCUGAGAAGGAGGAGGAGCGAGGGGAUGUGGGAAGAGAGGAGCGCCUGCUCCCUGAGAGGUCCUGUGAGUGGAACACCCCACGUGGAGCAGAUGGCCACGCUGCUCCCGAAUGCAAAUCCGUCAUCAGCCAGACACCUCACACCUGUAGCUGUUAAAGUCCUGCACCCAGGGCUAGUCCACCAAGUUCAGAUGGAUCUGUUUCUCAUGAAGUUGGGUAGCCACAUCGUUGGACUUCUCCCUGGAUUCAAGUGGCUCAGUUUGACAGAGAUUGUAGAAGAAUUUGAGAAACUUAUGCUUCAGCAGAUCGACUUGCACUACGAAGCCAGAAAUCUGGAGCGCUUCGGUCAAAAUUUCCUACAUGUCGAUUUUGUGAAGUUCCCAACUCCUGUUCGCCCUUUGGUGACAGCAGAUGUUCUCGUGGAAACAUUUGAGGAGAGUGAGCCUAUUUCGCACUACCUACACACAGAGGUUGCCACAGAACUGAGGCAGAGACUCGCAAAGAUGGGCAUGGACAUGCUCCUAAAGAUGGUCUUUGUUGACAACUUUGUCCAUGCUGACCUGCACCCUGGGAACAUCCUGGUGCAAGGCAGAGCCUGCGUCAGCAGCGGCUGCAAAGAGCAGACGGCCAUCGUGGAUGUGUGUGACACCCUCGUGCUGGAAGUGCAGCCGCCCUUCAGACAGCUCUGCCUGGUGCUGCUGGAUGCAGGGAUCGUGGCGGAGCUGCAGAGCGCUGACAUGCAGAACUUCAGAGCAGUUUUCACAGCUGUGGUGCAGGGCCAGGGGGAGAAAGUGGCAGAACUGAUUCUUCACCAUGCUCGGGCCAACCAGUGCCAGGAUAUUGAGCGAUUCAAAGCUGAAAUGGCAGAACUAGUGACCAAAGUUCGAAGGAACACCAUUGCCCUAGGAAAGCUCCAGGUGGCAAAUCUCCUCUCCAGUGUCUUUAAAUUACUGAUGACACAUAAGGUGAAGCUCGAGAGCAAUUUUGCUUCCAUCAUCUUUGCCAUCAUGGUUCUGGAAGGUCUUGGUCGUUCACUGGACCCUGAACUGGACAUUCUAGAGGCAGCUAAACCACUGCUCAUCAGAACUGCAGCUUCUGUCCUGGAAUAGACACUCGUGGCUGCUGCCCUCUCAUGGUGCAGGGUUACCUGUGGUGCCUGUGAGCUGACAGGAGGAAGCUGAAGGUGAGAGCAGUUCCACGCAUCAUGGAGGAAUGCCACGUGGUGGUAACCCUCCAUACUCUGCCUGGAACCCUGUCAGCUAAGCAGCAGGCAUGGGAUCUUCGUGAGGUCUGAAAAGGUCUGUUUCAGAAGCCUUUCUUUUCCAGGAAGAUUUUGCACAGAUGGAGAGUUCUGACUCUUACAAUUAUGUGGUUCUAUGAGCUAAUAUGCUCUGGUAGUUUUUAACUGACAUGUCAUGUAGCUGAAAUGAAUUGGGUUAAAUAUUAAUUUGCUGGCUGAUCUCUCAAUAUGGUAUAAAAAAAUGACGUUCUGAUGCCACCUAAGCAAGUAAUUCAGGCUGAAAAAAGCCAGUAAGCCUUUUUGUCUUUUGUACUUCUACUCUGAU